AUGGAUUACAGACAUAUGCUUCCGUCAACGCCAACAAGGCCUGCUGGGCCCAACUUUAGCUCGACAAAGCUGAAGCUCAACAUGCUCCACAAUAACCUUUCUCUUCCAACCAUUCUCCUUAUCGGAGCUUGCAUCCAGACAGCACUCUUCCUCCUACCAAUUCCCAAGCUCUACUCUGUCGGACCAGCUAUCGGCUUGCUGCUCUUUCGAAUCAUCGACACAACUCUCAUCACCUACAAUCUCAUCCCCAAUCCGUACCUGAAAGAUGCGAUUCACAAGAAAGUCACAGCCCAGCCCCAUGAUCGGGAAGGGAACUUCAGCGGUCCUGGCAAAGAGAAGAUUGCCGUCAUGCUAUUAGGGGCGAAGAGUAACCAUCCAUUGGGAAUGUUCGAACCGCGAUUCGGAAAGGUUGGUUCGUUUUUGCGAAGGAUGACGGAAGAGUUGAACGGAGAUCCCACUCAGGAUUCAGGCUUCCUGGGGCAAUCGGCUGUGAUGCGAAAAGAUAACAAUGGCGCCACAGAGAACAUCACGAUCUCCUACUGGAGGUCUAUCGACGAUGUCCACCGUUUCGCUUACGGUCCUGCCCAUCUUGCAGCUUGGAGAUGGUGGAAUGACAAUGUGAAGAAGCUCAACCACAUUGGAAUCAUGCAUGAAGUGUAUGAAGCUGACGCAGGCAUGUGGGAAGGAGUGUAUGUCAAUUUCCAACCAACGUUGCUUGCAAACACAACGUACUUGAAGAAGGAUGGGCAGUUGGUGGGUGGCGAGGUCAAGGAAGAAUGGGUCCGCCCGUUGUUGGAUGCAUCGAGGGGAAAUUUGAGGACGUCUAGGGGGAGGAGAGGAUUGUUGGACAGGAGGGAAGAUGUCAAGGCUGUUUAUGGUCAAGAUGCUGGGACUUACGAGACUGUUUGA